GAUUUCACAGCUGUUUUUACUGAGCCGCUCAUUCUAAAAAUUAAUUAAAAUGCCUUUAAUUAUUAUAUGCGGCACUCCUGUGAGUGGAAAAACAACCAGAGCGAAAGAACUAAGUGAUUUUUUCAAGAACAAGCACAGCAAAGAGGUGGAAAUCAUUUCGGAAGACGAAGCAAUAGACAAGUUAGGUUAUGACAAAAACAAUACCUAUUUGGACUCGCAAAUGGAAAAAAGAAUGAGGGGAUACCUAAAAUCUGAAGUUUUGAGGCUCAUUGGCAAGGACAAUGUCGUAAUUUUGGACGGGAGCAACUAUAUCAAAGGAUACCGCUACGAACUGUAUUGUGCUUCAAAAGCGUCAAAAUCCACGCAAUGUACGGUCUACACGAUACGCAACCACGACGAAGCUUGGGAGGCUAAUCAGCAGAGAAUACAGAGUGUAAACGAAGGAGAUUCCUCAGAAAGUUCGAACAAAACAGAAAGUAAUGUAAGGAAUCCUGUUCCUUAUACUGAAGAAGUAUUUAACGCGCUUACUAGGCUGAGGUUCGAAGAGCCAAUCAGCAGCAAUAGAUGGGACAGCCCGCUGUUCACCGUUCAGCCAACCGACGAACUUGAUCUGGAUUCAAUAUACAAAGUCCUGUUUGAGAAGAAACCUCCACCGCCUAAUAUGAGCACACAGAACCCUCCACUAACAACGACAAACUUCCUCUACGAGCUAGACAAAGUGACACAAGCGAUAUCGAAACAGAUUCUCGAAGCGAAGCAACUCAACAUCGAUGAGGUCAAGUUCCCAGAUUACCCUGGUUGUGUGCUCGAAGCAAGUUGCACUCAGCAAGCGAGUCCGCAACAGCUACUACGGUUGAGAAGGCAGUUUCUAACAUAUGCUAAGAUGAACCAUUCGAAUGAGGAAAUGAGUAAGAUAGGAAGAUACUACAUACAGUAUUUGAAUAAAACACUUACUGAAUGAGA